AUGGAAGCAAUAAACCGAACAGGUGUAGCAGAAUUCCGCCUCCUGGGUCUCACGGAAGAUGGAGAGCUUCAGCCCAUCCUCUAUGGAGUGUUCCUGUCCAUCUAUCUUGUCACCGUGAUGGGGAAUCUGCUCAUCAUCUUGGCCAUCAAUGCAGACCCUCACCUCCACACCCCUAUGUACUCCUUCCUGUCCAAACUGUCCCUGGCUGACAUCAGCAUCAGCUCAAGCACGGUCCCCAAGAUGCUGGCGAACAUCCAUACACAGGACCAAAGCAUCACAUAUACAGGCUGCUUGGCACAGGCCUGCUUCGUCUUGCUUUUUGCUGGCCUGGAAAACUGUCUCUUGGCAGCCAUGGCCUAUGACCGUUACGUGGCCAUCUGCCAUCCCUUGAGUUACACGGUCAUCAUGAACCCUCGUCUUUGUGGCCUGCUGACUCUCUUGUCUCUGCUCAGUAGUAGUGUAAAUGCCCUACUCCUUAGUUUGAUGGCGUUGCGUCUGUCCUUCUGCAAAGACCUGGGGAUCCCCCACUUCUUCUGUGAACUCGCUCUGGUCAUCAAGCUGGCCUGUUCAGACACCUUUAUACACAAUGUACUGAUAUACCUGGCAGCUUUAGUGUUUGGUGGCAUUCCUUUCUCUGGAAUCCUAUUCUCUUACAUUCAGAUAAUCUCUUCUGUGUUGAUCAAGCCAUCCAUGCAAGGCAGGUACAAAGCCUUUUCCACAUGUGGGUCUCACUUAGUCAUGGUCUCCUUGUUCUAUGGGACAGGUUUGGGGGUGUACAUCAGUUCUGCAGUGACCAACCCUCCCAGGAAGACUGCCAUGGCCUCUGUGAUGUACUCAGUGGUCACGCCCAUGCUGAACCCCUUCAUUUACAGCCUGAGGAACAGGGACAUGAAAGAGGCCUUGAGGAAGCUCAUCAGGAGGACAGCUUCCCUACUCUAA